CUCGAAAGGAGACACGCCGCUACAGUAGGAGUUUGGCUGCCGCUACAAGGUUGCGCCGUGCUAUAGCCUAGUGAUCAUCAAAGCAAACAUUGCAAAAGCACGUUAUUGCGUGUCGAUCUUCUGCGACAACAAAAAAAAACAGCGCGGCUAAUAUUGUUUUAAUCGCAUUGCAUCGGCGUGGCCUACCCUGCUACGUGAAGAAAGCCUAGCAUAGGCUAACGAUAAACAUAUUGAUAUCAACGCACAGCCAGUGCCCGUGAACUUUGUCACAUAGUCCCUCCCUGGUGCAAUGUCCACCUCUUUCUUGUUGAGAAACGGUAAGAGGGUGUUUUCGAUAAUCGGCGGUGUGUGCAGAGGAACCGAUGCACUUUCCAGAGUUAAUUUUAUAUCGCGUCGCUUCAUUGUAGAUUUGUCAUACUCCACGCACUUCAUGGAUUUUAAAGGUUCUUCGAUACCGAGCUCCAUGAAAAAGCUGGUCGUAACGAAGCUCAGCCAGAAUUUCAGAGACGCCGUUGCCUUACAAACUGUUCCAGUCCCGACACCUGGCGACGGGGACUUGCUUGUCAGAAAUCGAUUUGUUGGAAUCAAUGCCUCGGACAUCAACUACUCAGCAGGCCGCUAUGACCCUACGGUGAAGCCACCGUUUGACGCCGGGUUCGAGGGCAUUGGCGAGGUGGUCGGACUCGGCCUGAGUGCCAGCGCCCGUUACACCGUUGGCGACACAGUGGCCUACUUUGCUGAUGGGGCCUUUGCAGAGUACACGGUGAUACCCAUGAUCAAGACCGUACCCGUACCCGCGGUGAAGCCAGAGUUCCUCACCCUGCUGUUAAGCGGUGCCACGGCUUAUAUAGCCAUGAAGCGGCUUGGCGACCUAGUGAAGGGCGAGACAGUGCUGGUGACGGCCGCUGCCGGUGGCACGGGCCAGUUCGCCGUGCAGUUUGCCAAACAGGCCGGCUGCCACGUUGUGGGCACCUGCUCCUCCAAUGAGAAGGCUGGCUUCUUAAAGACCAUUGGCUGCGACAGGCCCAUCAACUACACGUCCGAGGACCUGAGCGCCACGCUGCGCAAAGAGUACCCACAAGGCCUGGACGUAGUCUACGAGUCCAUAGGCGGCAGAAUCUUUGACAUGGCGGUCAACAAUCUGGCCAAUAAGGGCAGGCUGAUCGUGAUCGGGUUCAUCUCAGGGUACCAAACGGCAUCAGGGGUCCCAACUGUUAAAGGAGGGACUCUGCCCGUGAAGCUGCUCCAGAAGUCAGCCAGCGUGAGGGGGUUCUUCCUACCUCACUUCCUGUCUGACUACAAGGAGGCGAUGGGAAGCAUGAUGCAGAUGUUUGCUAAAGGGAAGCUGGUGUGUGAAGUGGACUGUGGGGACAUGGCCCCCGAGGGCCGUUUUGUGGGGCUAGAGUCCGUCUUUAGGGCUGUGGACUACAUGUACGCUGGGAAAAAUGUUGGAAAGGUGGUGGUUGAGGUGACUCCACCCUCACUGGACAGCAAACUGUGAUUUGCCUUAAUGUGAAUGCACUGGAAUCCUCAAACAAAUCAAAUCAUAUGUAUGUAUAAUGAAAUGAACUAUGCAAGUACAUAUGUUGAAGGCAAAUUACCCAAACUGUGACAAUCUACAGUACUCUUGAGUUGAAUAUAUUUUUCACCUGAAUCUCUUUUGAUAUUACUAAAAUGUUGUUCUGUUCGAGACAGUUCCUUUAUGUUUUGAUGAUUGUACUGAAUAAAGCAAAGCCAAAUUCCCAAUGAACGGGGAUCAUACUGAAAAUUGCUGGUGUAACAGAAGGUUAUCUCAAGAAAAGAAUACUGUACCCCUCUAGUUCAAAUGCCUCCCUCAUUCUCAUGCUGUCACACACACACACACACUUGUUUAAUUGCUCUGUGCUCAAGACUAGAGCUAACUAAAAUUUGUAUUUACAGUAACUAGACCAGUGGCUGCAUUGACUGUCCACAGCUUAUGCUUGAUUACUGCACUUCAGACAAUGUACCAGCAUAUCAGCUGAACUUGUCCCUCUAUUUAACAGGAAACAAAGUAUCUGAGGACAAUAGUGCAUAAUGAUCACAUUUAGUGUUACCAGUUUAAACCUCUGUCAUACUUUUGGAAUAAAUGCCUAAGCAUGCCCAGAGCAAUUGACCCAUUUAGUCCCUCACACAUAUACACACACACACACACACACACAACAUAUUACACAUUCAUAUAAUUAAUACAUUAACUUAAAUCAACAGAAAAACAAUGUAUUGUAGAUGUACAGUAGUUUUUAAACAGCACAUUUUGAGAAGUAUUUGCAAUGUAUGAUGUGUAAUUAACAUUCAAAUAUCUAGAAUACAUUAUCUUACAUUCUUGAUUAAAAAAUGAAAUGUG